UUAUACUCUCCCUCCACUCACUCAAAUAAAUAUAAAAGACGUCUUCUCUCAGGACCACACAUCAACGUUUUUGUAUUGUAUUAGUGCUUGUGACCCACUAUUUUGUGAAAAUGGCUGAAAGUGUUUUUCAAACUCGCUCUCUCGGAACUGCCGCUGAAGGUAUAAAAGAUCAAUACGCUGAUGGCAAAGCGGCCAAAGUUUGGGAAAUAUUUAUCGGCGACAAAAACUCAAGAACACAAAAUUACAAAAAUUUCUUAGUCGGUCUUUUAAAGAAAAGGGGGUGCAAACGGAUUUUAGAUGUAGCCUGCGGGACGGGUAUUGAUUCCAUCAUGCUUCUCGAGGAAGGUUUCGAAGUCGUCUCAGUUGACGCUUCAGACAAAAUGCUCAAAUAUGCCUUAAAGGCUCGGUGGAAUCGCAGAGACGAACCUGCAUUUUACAACUGGGUGAUUGAAGAAGCGAACUGGCUGACCCUUUAUGACGACAUUGAACAAAUUGUGGGCAAUGGAUUCGAUGCUGUGAUUUGUCUGGGAAACUCCUUUGCCCAUUUAUUGGACUCAUUCGGAGAUCAAAGAGAACAAAAACAAGCGAUUAAAAAUUUCGAAAAGUGCGUCAAACCUGGAGGACUGCUCCUGAUCGAUCACAGGAAUUACGACCACAUUAUAAACACGGGCGAAACACCCUCGAAAUGUAUUUAUUACAAUAGUAAACACAUGACUGAAAUAAAACCCUCGGUUUUGUUCGUUUCUGGAAAACCGGCUUUAGUCACUUUGGAUUAUUUAAUCGACACUUCAACAGUGUAUGGAAAAAGUGACGAAAUAAAUAUGGAUUAUGUCAGCCAAUUCCGAUUGUCGUAUUAUCCUCACCGAUUAGAGGUUUUCAAAGACAUGCUACGAGAAGCUUUUGGUGAAAAAUCACUAUUCCAUAUUUUUGGUGAUUUCAAGAAUUUGGAAGAAAUUGAAAACCCCGGAUUCUACAUCCACGUGGUUGAAAAAGCCAGAAGAAUGUUUUAAAUGUUUUAUUUGUACUAUUUAUUAACAAAAAUAAAAAAAUUACCAUA